AUGCCUGCGAUUCCGGACAGAGCGCAGACUGAAGACUCGACGAGCUUCAGCCCGGAUGCCUACUUUGACACAUGGGAACAGGGCGACAUCCCGGGCCUUUACGACAACGACUUCCGCAAGUUCAUCCUGACCACAUUCGGUCUGCCUCAGGAUGAUACAUAUACCUAUGCCGCAGUGGCCGAAGUGACUCUCCUCCAAGCUCAGACAUACAUCGAGUUUGGUGGCCAGGGAGGACUGCACGCCUGGUACAAAGACAAUGAGGGCAAGCCAACACCACACGCACUCGUCCAUGAGCCAACAUCAUCUCCUAUUCAGCUACCACCCCCGCCUGCCGCCGACAUCGCCGCAUACACAAACAUCUUCAAAAGCACAACCAACACCCAGAAAGCCCUCGUUGGUCUGGCUUCGAAUGCGAAAAAGGACUCGGUCCGCGCCUCGAUUGGCAAACAUCUGCACACUCUCUACCAACCUCCUUCGCCCGAACGCAAGAUCGUCAUAUCAAAGUUGAAGAAAGAACACACGAACCCCUACUUCGAUGUCUGGGCUUGGUCAUGUCAGAACCUCGAGUGGGCUGGCCCCGAGGACGCCACGACCAAGGUCCGCCACUCGCACGCCAUCCUACCCAUCCUAUACCACCACUUUGGCUGUAUUUGUCCUUCUUACGAGUCGUUAUCCAUCAUUUACCAAUUGGCCAAGGGUCGGCCUGUCAUUGACCUGGGCAGUGGAAAUGGUUAUUGGUCUUACAUGCUGAGAGUCUUCAACAAGCAGAAGCCUCUGACUGUCAUCCCCGUUGACAACGGUAUCAGCGAGUGGAGAACUGUUUGGGUGCCCGACACCGUUCAGAUCGAUGGUGUCGAUUACCUCAAGAAGAACGCCGACGGCAAGGAUCAGGUAUUACUACUGGUCUACCCCCAAGUCGGUCUCGAGUUCACUUCAAGGAUCCUCAAAGCAUAUAAGGGUGACACCAUUAUCUGCGCAGGAACCCAAAACUCAAACGGCUAUACCGCAUUUGCCAAAGAGACCAUCGCGGAUUGGAUCGCCAGAGAAAUGCCCACGUUCGAAAAGGUCUGCCAGAUUCCACUGCCCAGUUUCGCUGCCAAGGAUGAGGCCCUUUUUGCGUUCCAGAGAAAAGCUUCCUAG